UUCUCGAAUUGUUUGGUUCAAUGAUGCGAUGAAUUAGAUUUGUAUUAGAAAAAUUAGGGUUAUAUGUUGAUAGCUGUUUGGGAAUUUGUAGUUUGAUGAGUGUUUUUCGAAUUGGAUUCGACACUUUCCCAUUUUGUUUAAAUUGCAUGCAUUCACUGUAUGCUGAAUCUCAAGAUGACUUUCUUUUGUUUUGAUGAUGAUUGGGGUGAUCAAAACGUGAGAUCUUAUAUAUUCCUAUGUAGUACUGUCUUGAAUUGAAAUUUAUUAUACUGACUUUAAACCUUUUCUUAAUGGAACAAGUGAAUGAGGGUAAGAAGAAGAAACCUGUUCGUCGUGGUGGUGAUAAGCGAAAGAGGACCACUGAGAACAAGUGAAUGAGGGAAAAUUUGUGUGAAGGCUGCAUUUCCAGUGGGAACUGAGCUCAGCAAAUCCAUGACACCGUAGGAAUAAAAAUAAGCCAUGUCCCAACAGUUGUUGCUCGUGAGGAGCGAGGGUAAUUUCGUCAGUGGAGAAUGAUAGAUAAAAGAAUAAAGUAGAAGUGAUGAACUGAAGAAGCGCCUAGAUUCAUAAUUCGAAAAUCCAAAAUCUCCCCCCGCUUUGCCCAAAAAGUUUUUUUUUGUUCCUCCAGAGAAGAAGAUGUCAUCAUCAUAUGCGAUGGUUUCUCAAGAUGCGGAAUCGCUCGCUUUGCAAACCUAUAGCCGCAAGGAGAAAUCUCUAGGGCUUCUCGUCUCCAAUUUCCUGAGACUGUAUAACCGAGACGAUGCAGAUCUGAUUGGUCUCGAUGACGCCGCUGGCAAAUUAGGAGUUGAACGCCGCCGUAUAUAUGAUGUCGUCAAUAUUUUGGAGAGCAUUGGGAUUGUGGCAAGAAAAGGGAAGAAUAUGUAUUCCUGGAGAGGUUUUGGAGAGAUUCCUCGCUCUCUAGAUAAACUCAAGGAAGAGGGAAUGAGAGAGAAGCUUUGUAUCUCAAGUACCAACAACUCUGACAAGGUUUCAGAUGAUGUUGAAAGAGAAGAAUCUUCUUUCAGUUUAACUCCUGAUGAUCAAGAAACCUCAUCAUCCUCUAAAAUCGUAUCAUUUGCAGACCAAAGGAAGGAGAAAUCUCUAUGGCUUCUCUCGCAGAACUUUGUGAAGAUGUUUCUUUGUUCUGAUGAUGAUCUUAUCACACUUGAUAGUGCUGCAAAAGCCUUGCUGAGCGACUCUCAAGAUCCAGUCCAUAUGAGAACUAAAGUUAGACGACUUUAUGACAUUGCAAAUGUGUUUUCCUCGAUGAAUUUAAUUGAGAAGACUCAAAUACCGGAGACUAAGAAACCAGCAUAUAGGUGGUUGGGCUCCGAAAGCAUAGCUGAGACAGGAACAAGCUUAUUCAAUUCCGAUGAACCGAAGAAACGGGUAUUUGGUACAGAGAUCACAAACUUGAGAGCAAAAAGAAACAAAACAGACUGUUCAUCAAACGGCAAGCAAAUUGGAUAUAAGAAACAUGACGAUGCAAACACAGAGCAGGAAUCGAAACCAGCUGCAAGCAAGUAUGUGUUUGGCCCAUCCUUCCCAACAGGAGCAGCAUCUAAGAAAAACGAAAAUGUCAGAAAGGGAAGGUUACAAGAGAUCGAGAGCCUUGCUUCAACCUACAAACCACAGUAUUGUAAUAAAGAAAUAACUAGUCUUCUUGGACAUUUCACGGAGACAUGGAAGAGAUGGUAUGCAGAGCUUGAUCGGAAGUAAAUAACAAUUACUGAGGUAGAUGUUUCGUCUGGGGUACAUGAGAGAGAGAGAGAGCACAUAACUCUAUCGAACAUAGCUUUAGUCUUUUUGCCUUUAGAUCAAUGGAAGAAAACAAACAGUAUUAGUAAGAAACAAAGCAUUGUUAUUGUUAAUAAAGAAAGUCACAUCCCAUGUA